GCCCCUUAACCUGCAGCCUCUCUGACCAUCCAGUUGGCAAUGAACUGCAGGCCAUGAGGACUGGUCAGCGACAUCAGUGCCUGGGAUCACUUUUCAAAGGAGCAAGCCCAUGUGGAGAGGGUGCCUGCCAAGCCCCUGUUGGAGUUGCUCCCACCUCCUUCGGCUCCUACCUUCCCAAGUCUCCACAUCCGCCCACCCAGGUACCAUUGGAAGGAGGUGAAAGGACGUGAAAGGGUAAAUCCCUGAGCCCCGCAGUCUUAUUUCCUGCCCUGACGUCCCUGCAAACCAGCCCAAGGGUUAACCAUAAACGGAUGCCUGUAUGGCUGCCUUACUGAUGCCACGCAGGAACAAAGGGAUGAGGACUCGACUGGGAUGCCUGUCUCACAAGUCAGACUCAUGCAGUGAUUUCACAGCUAUCCUUCCUGACAAACCCAACCGUGCUCUCAAGAGAUUAUCCACUGAGGAAGCUACAAGGUGGGCAGAUUCCUUUGAUGUGCUUCUCUCUCAUAAGUAUGGAGUGGCAGCCUUCCGUGCCUUCCUGAAGACGGAAUUCAGUGAGGAGAACCUGGAGUUUUGGCUGGCCUGUGAAGAGUUCAAAAAGACCAGGUCAACAGCAAAGCUGGUCUCCAAGGCUCACAGGAUCUUUGAGGAGUUUGUGGAUGUGCAGGCUCCAAGGGAGGUAAACAUCGAUUUCCAGACCCGAGAAGCUACAAGAAAGAAUAUGCAGGAACCAUCCCUGACUUGCUUUGACCAAGCCCAGGGAAAAGUACACAGCCUCAUGGAGAAAGACUCUUACCCCAGGUUCCUGAGGUCCAAAAUGUACUUAGAUUUGCUGUCCCAAAGCCAGAGGAGGCUCAGUUAAACCUCAGAUGGGGACUCUUGGAAAUCAUCGGCUUUCCCCUCCCCUUGCUGCCAAGACCAUAUACUAAUGUGAAAUUGCAUAGGUGUUUAAAGGUGGUGGCAUUUGGGGUAGGAGGCAGGGGCAAGGAGAGAAUGAAAGGCCAUUCCAAAGAGUAACCCAGCUGCCAGAGCUUGGACUGUCUGUCAUUUAGCCAUAUUUGUGUUUAAGUUAGUGGUAGCACCUUGCUGCUGUUGCCCUUCUCUGGGUCAACAACUUGACCAUCAUAAUGUCUCGGGUCAUCACUGAGAAGGCAGAUUUGCUGUGCUAGGCUAAUCUGUAAAUAAUGCAAAUGCAGUUUCCAACCCCCACCCCAGGUGGGUUUCUUGAGUCUUCUCUUUACCCCUGGGAGAAGCAGUUGGAAGAUUCCUGCUCUCACUUGUUAUUCGCUGUCACAAAAUAGAGACCAGCCCCAGAUACCAGGACCCCAAAGUUUAGGAGAAACGUCUCUGUGGAAUCCCAGCCUUCUGGUAUUGUCAUAUAGAGCCCCAAGUUUCUAGCGUCAUUGGCUGGUGUCUUCUGGGGCAGAUCAAACUCCACAGAGUCAGCUGUUUCUUUUAUUAUUUCUUUUGUUUCCACUGAUAAGCAUGAGAAUCUGCAACCAUUGCCCAUCUUAGCCUAGGAAAUUUAUAGGACUUUUUUACCCUUGCAUUUCCAGAAAGAGUCUUGUGAGAUUUCUUUCAUGACUUUUGAGUGGAACUGUCAUUAAGAAAGAUACAGCUUGCAAACAUUCCUCAAUGCUACCAAGAACUUUUUUUAGAAGUUUUUCAAAUGACCAGGGAAUGUAGCACCAGUAGACGUUUGUGUAAUGGGGCUCCAUUUAACCUGUCUGUUGCUUAAUGUAUUCUCUUCCCUUGCCUCCCUGUGAUAUCACAUAUCUCUUAGGAAGUCAGACAGCUCGGCCAAGGGAGGUAAAUUCCCAUAGCAUGACAGCUCUCCCAGUGCCUAUACUUUCCCUGUCUACCCAUCUCCCCCAUUCCAUGCAGGCCAUGUAAUUAUGAUGGGGGAGAACAGGGAGCCAGCUUGAUGCUCUUUACAGCUUGCUUCCUGGGAGCUUGCUUUCUUAGAAAGGUCCCUCUUAGCUAUUGAGAAUCAGUGUCCUUCUCAAUUAUUGGCCUUUGGGAUUGAACAUAAAAUAUGCAGGUGGUGAUAAGAAGAUCUCUGUGAACAUUGAGCUAUGGAAUCCUCCUAAAUACUUUCAUUGUAUCCUGUGGCCACUGUUGGAAAUAUCGGGAAACUUUCUUGAAAGAUGAAUGGUGAACAGCACAGAACCUCCUCCAGCUGAGCAGGAAAAAAACUGACUUUGCCACAAGAGCAGUGCCGAGGGAAUGAAUCCUCAGCAGAGGGUCAGAAGUGGAAGAGGAUCCUGGAAGGUGUUGGUCUCCUGGGACAUGGAUAACAAAGAAUGUGAUGGAGCUAUUACUGGGAAUUUCUGCCCAACGGAUUUAGAUUUAUUAUCUACAAACCUUUCAGCCUGACAGAAUGAGGGCAGCACAAGAUUAGGUGAAGGCCUUGGAUUGUGGGCACUGGUGGGGUGCUGGGCAACUUUAGAUUUUGCCCAUGUUCCUGCAUUUAUACUCCUGCCCCGUGACUUUGAGAAUCACAUUCUUCCUUGGCUGUAGCCGGGCAAGGCCAAGAAGGCCCUUGAAUCCUACUAGUGUUAGUGCCUACUGUCCUGCAUCGACCAUUGCCAUCUGUGAGUGAGGGUUGGCAUGUCUGUGUGAACUUCUGGAAAGAGAAAAAUACCUGCUUCCUGGCUCAACACUGAACAAACCUGUGGAAGUUCAUGCUUAAGAACUCUGACACCUCAAAUAAUAUUCCUAGUUAGGGCAGAUGUUAUCUUCCCACCCCAGGGGAAAAAAAGCAACACAUUUUUAGCUAAAGCUGCCAGAAUUAAUUUAAUGAUUAAAUUAUCUAACAGGGUAUUUUAAACAUUGUUUACACAUAAAAUGUGCAUCUGCUGCCAACUCUAUUGUUGAAAGUGAGGUGCAUGCAAAUUGGAACUACAGAGUUAUGUUCUGGGAAGGGCCUUUUCAUCGCUUCCACUACUCCAAGGAAGAAGAUUGGAUUUCAUUUGGGGCCUAGAGUUCCCUUUGACUCUUGGUGGAAUGAAGGUGGUGUCACUGCGUCUUGGUGACUCCCUCCCAAGUGGGAGGUAUGAAGGACCACACUUCAGUAUUCUGAAUUUUGUAGCUAGACAAGGGCAUGUGGACAUGAGUCUGUGUAUAGAGGAACAUGGUAGCUCAUUUAUGCUACUCCUGUGGAGCAUCUGUGUGCGUCUGUGCGUGUGACAAUUGUGAGCACUGGACUAGUGCACUUCAGACAUGAUCUUCCUAUGGGGGUGGCUUUUCUCUCAUGCUGUAUACCCUGCUUCCCACAGAAGGCUCAGAGUUCCCUGCUCUGAUGCCUACUUUUAGGCACUUUGGUCAUGCCAACCUAGAUUCUGGUCUGUGAUGAAACAAAGAGAAAUGUUUACAACAUCUAGAGCAAUAUCCAAACAUACCUCAUCCCUGACCUUCCAUGUCUCUGGUUCCUGCCUCCUAUCCCCUCUUUUUCCCCUCACAAGCCUCAUCCACCUCACUGGAGCUGCUUCCAAGAACCAUCUUCCUUUGCUCCUCAUGCUUGGCCUGCUCUGGGCUCAAGGCAAGCCCAGGCAGUGGGCUGAUAGAGCUGUGGAUUUGAGUUCCUCUCUCCAUAUCUGAGUGGCUUUUUAGUUCCACUGGAGUGGAGUCUGGAGGAUAGUGUGAGAUUUGCUGUUGCCUUUGCUGGACUGUGUAGAACAAUUAUCGACAAAUAUUCACAGCCCAGGUCACUUCUGGGGUAGAGAAGGAUGCUCCGGGGCAGCAUUUUAUUAAACUUGUGUGUACACUGGGGUCACCCCAAAAGCCUGUUACAAAUACUGAAAAAUAUUACCCAGGGUCCAUACCUAGACAUGCUGAGCCAAUAGAUCUGGGGUGGGGCCCAGGAAUCUGUAUUUUUCAUAAGCUCCUGGUGUAUGUAGUGGAGUAUGGACUUGGAACAAAGAUGGUUUAAGACAAUGGCUCUCAACCUUGGCUAUGCAUUUGACUCACCUACAAACCAAAUUGUCCAGGUCCUACCUCAGAUCAGCUGAAUCAGAGCACUUUGGAGGGAUCUGGGUGGCAGAAAGAUUUCAAGCUCUGCCAGGGAUGCCAGUGUACAAAUAAGGAGAGGAAACAUCAGCCUAAGGACUGAGGAGAAGCAGGCUAAGGACAAAACAUAGCUGCAAGGUGAGAUGCAAUAAGCACAACAACCAGGAAAUUUGCUAGCUCUGGAGCUGAACUCUUGAGGGAGUGGCCUCUCCACCCUCUCAGUCUUACUUACUUCUUUGAGAUGGAGGGGUUGGGUCCAGGCCACAUGUAUUGUCUAGCAGCAGGCAGACCAAGAGUGAGUGGCAGGGACACUUGGGGAAGAGAAGCUUUGCCAUGCUGAGUUUCAUGCACAUUGCUUCCCUCAGGCUUGCCUGAUGGGUCAGAUAUCCUCUGUCUGUUUUCAUGUACUUUUGUUUUUGGUCUUUUUGUGUCAGGAUGCGCCUCUGUACCUAAGGCCAUGUAACAAGGGAGUUGGAACUCAGGUAGUGAGUGAAGCAUGUUAUGGUAGUGAAAAUAGUAACACAGCAGUUUCCACAUUUCUCAGCAGAGGGUGGUGCAUUCUGGGGAAUAUCAAGAUCUGGGAGGCUUUCCCAAAGCCAUCAUGGGGUUUGGUCCUGGCUCCAAGUUCUUCUCAUUUCCUUUUUGGUCCUAGGUUGGAUAGGCACCCGGAAAGUUGCCAAUUGGUUUUACUCAAUGGUGCUCUCACCAGAUCUUGCUGCUCUGAAAGCUGUGAAGAGUACUUCUUCAUGGGCCCCAGGCACUUCUCCUUGGCUAGGCUGGGGUGUCCCAAUACCCCAGGCCCUGGUCAGUGGAGAAGCUGGCUCUGCUAUGAGGAAAGAUGAGCCUGUUGUGCUGAGAGCUGGGGGAGGGUGGGAAUGUGGAAGGCUGAUGACAAAGGAUCUGGGCAGGAAAGACAAGCUGUCAUCAUAAUGUCUGCUCCUCUGUCCCAGAGGGAAAGGUGAGGAGGGGCACAUUCAGAGACAGGAUGGUCUCCUACCACCAAGAGGGCUCAAAACUCUACCUAUGUGCCCACAUCCAAGUCAGGCAGAGGAGCUGUGGCUUCUCAGUCUUACCUUCAAUCUGCCAAGUGUUAGCCCUCUUAAGUCUGUAUCUUUCCAAGUGAACACACAAGGUGUCACUGAGAGUGUGUGCCACCAUGCCACUGAGCAUGAGACUGUACAGGGAGAAGCCAUAAACAAUGAUGUCUCUUCCUGUCACUGUGUUGUCUUGGGACUCCAUGAGAUGCUGGUGGCCGGGAUGGGAGACCUCAGGCUGUGAUCACUGGCCUUCCUGGGAUUGGGAUCCAAGUCUCCCCAAUAAACUGUUCCUUUCUUGAUUUUUUUCCUCCUUCUCUGUCCUUCUGCUCCCUCCCUUCUGCCAGGCAUGGCAAAGGUGGCUGGCACUGAGUGCCGCUCCAACCACGGUAGCAUUAACUGAGUCACUCGCCAGCACAACAGAUUUGUAGCAGCUCAUCUGCCAUAUAAACCGCUUGGCUGACGGAGUCCUCCCUGAGUUGUUUCAUCAUGUAAAGUGGAAUAAUGUCAUUCACCUUUACUAUAAACAAGGCUGUGAGAACAUAAUAAACAGAAUCUGA